UAAUGUGGAUUUAGAGGAAUGGAGUGUGGUCUGGUCUCUGGAGAACUGGUGUAGUUUAUCUGCUUUUGUGUGUGCUGAGAAGCCAGCAGUGCAGGUAAGUGUGUAAUUAUGGGUUUAUUUAAAAUGGAGAUUCUUUUACACGACAGAUUGCAGCACGCGCAGGAAGAAUAAUGCCCACAGAAAACAGAACACCUCCGUGAGGGCUCUUGUACCCUAUUGUGCUGUAGGCUAUUUACAGGCUUUGGCUCGGAGAUGAUUCCCGGUUUGCCUUACACGGGCACAGGUUUGCAGCGGGGACUCGCCGGCUGUCAGGGAGGCACCUGGAAAUGCUGAGCAACAGUUGCACUGGUACGGAGCCCUGCUCAAACCGCAGCAUAAGCAGAGGAUUACGGCAAACACCAGGGCCACAAAUCCCAUACAGCUUCUUCAGGGCUUCUCCUGUUACUCUUGCUGCCAAACACCACGUAGCAGUUAUUUUGCUGUGUUUAACGGCUGUACUUGAUUUAAUGUGCGAUUAUACAUGUUACCAAAAAUGGUUUAAAAUGACUGAUCUAUUUUCUUCUGGCCAGUCUUCAAAUAGUAUUGUGGUUGCAGAGGGCAAGGCAGCCAACUUCUUUGUAAAAUUCGGUUGAACUGCUGUUACCCGAGGAGCAGAGGCGUCACCCAGAGUCUCACUCCUAACGCUGAUCUGUGGUGCCCUGGUGAGUGACCCCCCAUUUCCCGCGGGACUCUGGGCAGCCUGCGCGUUGCGGGCGAGUAUUCUGGCACAGUGGACUCGUACCACGCUGCUUGGCAGGCGGUGCUGGGUGUGAGCUCUGCUGCGGGCAGCCAGCACAAACACCCAUGGCUUUAUUUCGUGGAGAAGCCCCACUGCCCUUGAAAAGCAGCAGGUUUAGGGAGUUUAUUUCAGAGUGAAGCCAACCUAGGUUUGGCAUAUAAAAUUAUUUAAAACAAGAAAAAAGGAGAGCUGGAAACCACAGAGGCUUCCCAGCUGGCCCCGGCUCGGCACGAGCGGCCACGGGCGCGGCCCCCGGCCCCCGCCCCCCUUCUGCAGCCGAGUCCCGCCACGUUCCGCCCGGGAGCUUUUCGCGCCACGGGCCAGGCCCUUGCAGCUCCACAAAUCCUACACCGCGAAUAGAAAAAAAAAAAAAGAGGACCUCCGCACAGCUCCCUUCGGGGACAUCCCGGGAGACCUGAUGAGCUCCUUAGCAGAGGCGGGCGGGCGGGCGCGGGGAGCCCGCCGGGCGCCUGACCCCGCGGGAGUGUGCGCUGCAUCUGCCAGGACGCGGGCGGCAACGCGGGAAAGGCGCCGCCGGCCCCGCCCCCCGCGGUCCUGCCGCUUUGGCGCGAACCUUCAGUUCCAGCGCUCGCCCGCCGCCGCCAGCAUGGCCCCGCCGCGCCCGCAGCGCCGAGGUCGUUCAGGAAGGAGAAACUUCACAACCUUUCGAAAUACGAAACUGAUUCCCAUGGAAACAUCCUCAUCCUCUGAUGACAGCUGUGACAGUUUUGGUUCUGAUAAUUUUGCAAAUACAAAAUGCAAAUUUAGGUCGGAUAUUAAAGAAGAACUGGCAAAAAUUUUUCAUGAAGCCUCCGAUGAUGAAUCUUUCUGUGGCUUUUCAGAAAAUGAGGUUCAAGAUGCAUUGAAAUUGGAAUCAGAUUCAGAUGAGAAUGAUGCAAGUGCUGAAAGUGAGGUCGAUCAGAGAGGGCAGAAAUGCCUUGUUCCUCUGAAAGUAGCCAUGAAGUUUCCACCUCGAAGGUCAGAGCGGAGAAAGGGUGGCAUGGAACCUGUUCCUGAAACACCGAUGCCUGCUCUAGAUUCAGACUCUGACACUGAAGAAAAUGGUGCUAUGUUUUUGGAAAAAAGAGCUUUAAACAUAAAGGAAAACAAAGCAAUGCUUGCAAAACUAAUGGCUGAGUUGCAAAAUGUUUCUGGUAUCUUUGGUGGGAGAAAAUCAUUGCCAGCUGUCAGUCAUCAGGGACCAAAGCGACUUCCAAGGCGUUCAUUGCCCAAAUGUGCCUUGAGGAGGAACCCAGACCGGAGCUCUCGGCCUCACACAAGGUCCAGGUCCUUGAUUGAAGGUCCUCCUACUCUUGAACCAGAAGAGGAAGAAGAUGACCCAUACAUCUUGGUGAGAAGAAGAAAGAUGUCUGAUGAUUACUUGGAGCAUGAAGCCCGUACUCCCAGGAGGGGUCACCGUGGUGCUAUGGCUUUUCCACACGUUGUGCGCCCAGUUGAGGACAUAACAGCAGAAGAGCUGGAUAAUAUCUGUGGAUCUGCAAGAGAAAAAGUAUAUAACAGGGCCAUGGGAUCCACCUGUCAUCAGUGUCGCCAAAAAACCAUAGACACCAAGACAAACUGUCGUAACCCUGACUGCGUAGGAGUGCGGGGCCAGUUCUGUGGGCCCUGCCUCCGCAACAGAUACGGGGAGGAUGUCAGAACGGCGCUGCUCGACCCGACAUGGAGGUGCCCCCCAUGUCGUGGAAUCUGCAACUGUAGCUUCUGCAGACAGCGAGAUGGCCGAUGUGCCACAGGUGUCCUGGUCUAUCUGGCCAAGUACCACGGCUUUGACAAUGUCCAUGCCUACUUAAAAAGUCUGAAACAAGAACUUGGAAUGGAAGACUGAAGCUGUGACUGCCUUUAAAUUACGUAUUCUCUCACCAAUGUAAUAUUAUUGCCUGCAGUGAAUUGUUUGAUCAAAUGAGAUUACAAAGUGCCUUCUCUGCUUCCCUUUCCUUUUGGGUAAAAAAGGAUAAAAACCUUUCAUUUAUUUCAGUAUAAAUCAUACUUGAGAAAGCUGUUUAAUGCAGGUCUUCACCCCAGGCCAUUGUUUUCUCUUUAGACAACUUUGCAAAUCAGAUAGCAUAAAACAGAUACUGUUUUUCAUUAUAGUAGCUUCUUUUUUUUCUUCCUAAAUGGAGAUGGGGCUUUAAGCCAUCAGUUUCACUCAUACAGCAAUCUAUGUUGCAGGUUUACUUAUGCUCCAAAAUUGGUUACAAAAACAUAAAGAUGUUCUGAAAACUUGGGGUGAUUUUCUCCACAGAGCAAAGCAGCCAACUUCUGCAAUACAGGCACUUAAUGAUGAAAUGGAAUUGUAGACUUCUCUGAAAGAGCAUCAUGUUCUUAAUUUCAAAAAGGAACCCCUAUAAGUUGCAACUGAGCAGUGUCCAAGCACUAAUAUUUGAUUUUAUAGAGUACUAAAAGUUCACAAUGGCCAUUUCAAGGGAGAUUCUCUGAAUUAAAAAAUGCAGUAGAUGCUGUUUGACGUGGCACUUUGUGUUUUUGCUCAGAUGAGAGAAGGCCACUGCUGAAAGGUUCCACAGCACUAGCAUUGCCUACUGGUGACAGUGAUGGGAAUGUAUUGGUAUAUAUUUUGUAGUGACCGCUGUCUAAAACAGAAUGUUCCAUGUGUUAAAUUACUGUUUUGGUGGAUUCUCUUUUCCCUGUUCCUGCUGCAGCUGCAGAACUGCUUUGCAGAGUCAGCAGUGGUCCUGGGGAAGAGGGAUACCCCCAGACCAGGGCUUGGUCAAGUAGAGGGGUGACAGUUCGUGUGGCUGUUGGCCAUCUUUGAGUGGAUGAAAGGUGGUAACUUGUUUUGUUUGGUUAUCAGGAAAACAGGCAAUGAAUGUUUCUGUAUCUGGCUCUUUGUGAUUGUGGAAGGUUAUUUCACGUGACAUUUGUGAAAUGUAAGUACAGCAGAAACAGAGCUGAAGAAUUCUGAUAUGCUGAGCACAUAGGGGUCUCCUGUACUCUGUUGUAAAAAAGAAGGUGCCAUGAAAGUUGCAUCCACAGAACCAUAAAGUGCGUAAAUGUGCUUAGUUUUGUUAUGGAAACUACUGUGUAAGCUUUGUAUAAGGUUUAGAAUGUAAUGCUAUCAAUAAUGUACAGUUGAAUAGUGAAAGAAUCACCAUGGGUUUACACUUCUGUGCCUGUGCAGUAUUUGCACUGUGUGUAUACAAAAUGAUCCACAGUUCAUACCUUUCUGGGAAUUGCAUCAGUGUGUGUGGGAGGGGAGGAGAGAGAGAGGAAUUUAGGAACAACAGAUAUUUAUGUCUCAGACUUGCAGUUCUGUUUCGUAAAUCAUCUCUCCUAUUGAAAAUCUCCUGUCCUCUCUUCGUCUGUUUUUAUAGUGUGAAUAGCUGUGCAAUCUGAGGUGUGGAGAGUGCUCUUCCCUCUAGGUACAUUUUGUGAAGAAGGAACUCAUUUUAGAAAUACAUGUUCUGACAGAUAAAAGUGGUUGGGUUUUUUUUUUUCCUCCUAAUUGCUUGGCUUGCCUUCUGAUUGCUAGAGUGUGAAAGUACUGUGCUAAGAGCAGACCCUUGUGUUAUAUUACAGAGACUGCUGUAUUUAGAUUUACUCAAAUCUACACUGUUCUGUACAAAAUUCUUUAUUUUGAAAAUAAAAAUUUUCAGUUUUAGAA